GCUGAAGCGCCUGCAGUCAGGCUGGUUGUUUAAGACUGAGCUUCGCCCCCUGUGAAUGAAUGUAUUUCUCUGAGUGUGUCAUCUGCUGUGGAAGUCGAUUCAGAGUUUAAGAGUGAGAGACAUGGCUCCGAAAAAGGCAAAAGGAGAUGAUGCACCAAAGCCACCGCCGCUGAUUGGAAGGUUUGGGACUUCUCUGAAGAUAGGGAUUGUCGGAUUGCCCAAUGUUGGGAAGUCAACCUUUUUCAACGUGCUGACAAAGAGUCAGGCUCCAGCAGAAAAUUUCCCCUUCUGCACCAUUGACCCAAAUGAAAGCAGAGUGCCCAUUCCAGAUGAACGCUAUGAUUUCCUCUGCCAAUUCCACAAACCUGCCAGUAAAAUCCCAGCAUUCCUUAAUGUUGUGGACAUUGCUGGCCUGGUGAAAGGUGCUCAUGUCGGCCAAGGCCUGGGAAAUGCCUUCCUCUCCCACAUCAGCGCCUGCGACGGCAUCUUCCACCUGACACGUGCUUUUGAGGAUGAGGAUAUCAUCCAUGUCGAGGGGACAGUGGACCCUGUUCGAGAUAUCGAGAUCAUCCACGAGGAGCUGAGGCUGAAAGACGUGGAGAUGAUCGUCCCCAUUAUCGACAAGCUGGAGAAGACGGCCGUACGAGGCGGUGACAAGAAGCUCAAACCAGAAUAUGACGUUAUGUGCAAAAUAAAGAGCUGGGUCAUGGAUGAAAAGAAGCACGUCCGCUACUAUCACGACUGGAAUGACAAGGAGAUCGAUGUGCUGAACAAAUACUUGUUUCUGACAUCUAAACCAAUGAUCUACCUCGUUAAUCUUUCUGAGAAAGACUACAUAAGGAGGAAGAACAAAUGGUUGGUGAAAAUCAAGGAGUGGGUGGACAGUCACGACCCCGGAGCCUUGGUCAUCCCCUUCAGCGGCAACCUGGAGAGUCGACUGCAGGACAUGAGCGAAGAGGAGAGACAGAAGUGCUGCAAAGAGCACAAGACGCAGAGUGCCCUGAGCAAGAUCAUCAAGGCGGGCUAUGCGGCCCUGCAGCUGGAGUACUUCUUCACCACUGGCCCAGACGAGGUCCGUGCCUGGACCAUCCGGAAAGGAACUAAGGCUCCACAGGCUGCGGGGAAGAUCCACACGGACUUCGAGAGGGGCUUCAUUAUGGCAGAAGUAAUGAAAUUCCAGGAUUUUAAAGAAGAAGGCAGUGAGAGCGCUGUCAAGGCAGCUGGGAAAUACAGACAGCAGGGAAGAAACUACACGGUUGAGGAUGGAGACAUCAUCUUUUUCAAAUUCAACGCACCAAAUGCUCCAAAGAAAAAGUGACUUAGGAAGAACAUUAUUGUUUACAAAACUGAUUUUAUGCUUCAUUUCCUUUUGGGCCCCUGAACAUCCAGUGCCACCAGAGGGUAUUCACACCCCUUCCCUUUCCCCACAUUUCC